AUGGCACACUCGUCUCCCUCGCGGAGGAGCCAACAGAACGGUCAGGUCAAGUCAAGUCCUGAACGAGCCUACCUCACAGACUUCCUCGCCGAAAACCGGAACUCGGAGCUGAGCCAUCGCGAUGCCCUUGCCGCGGCCCAGCUCGAGCACGAGCGCGUUCGACUCGCUGCAUUGAGAGUCUAUGAGGUGCAUCAAUUGCAGGAAGAAAAGCAGAGGCUGGAAGCCGAGCAAAGGAGGAUAGCACAAUUGCAACGGGAGGAAGAGGAACGGCUCAAGGCCGAGGCAGCGGUGCGCGCUGAGCAGGAGAGACUCAGGGAACUCAAGGCAAAGCAGAUCCCUCAGCUACCCCCCGAGCCCGAACCCGAACCGCCCAAGCCGGAGCCGAAGAAGUCGCAAGAACCUCAGGUCAAUGGGACGACCGAACAAGUGGCGGCCAAGACGGAGACCGCUGCGCCGGCAAUCUCCAAGUCACAGCAGGCUCCCUUGACAAGUACACCGGCGCCAGCUCUUCAGGCCGCGAAGGCUCCCCUCUCGGUGCCUUCGCCGCCACCGGCAAAAGAACCAUCCGCACCGCCAGCCCAAGCCAACGGAUUCUUGACGAAGCCCGCGGAGCCUGCGCAGCCUAAACCUGUUGCGCAGCCAGUCGCGCCGGCGCCCGCCGCACUGCCAACUGCCGAUCGAUACACCGAGAUACACCAGGCCCUGAAGAAAUUGAGAAAGGAUGUUGAGACCUUGUCAAAACAGCCCGGGUCUCCAUUGAAGGGCAAGUUGGGAGACAUGCGCAGGCAGAUUAGGAAAUCCAUUGGGCAGCUGACAGCUGGCAAGGGCGCAAACGUCACACCCAUCAACACUAUCAAUGGUGCUCUGCGCGAGUCUCUUGAUGGCAGGGUACCCUCGCCUCUUAUUGACGCAAACAUCUACGUCCAACAGAACAGAGAGCCAGUCGAAGGUGCCGUUAACAAUGGCCCGCAACUGCCAGCCCUAUUCAUCUACCUUCUCAACAUCCUCGCAAAGGCAAUCAUCCAGCAGUUUGCCAAUGAAGGCGGCGCGAAUCCCAAGUCCGCCGAGCCAGUCGGCAUCGUAACUGCCCAGAUCUUCUCCAACAAGGACUACCAGUGGCGUGGCGGCUCUAUGAUCGAUAUUCUCAUCGCUAAGUUCCGCGUGGCUUGCCCCGUGUUGUUCGGUUCUAGGGGGAGCGACAAGACCGAGAAUGGACGCAGGGCCAUUGGCUGGAAGAAGGAGAACGGCAACUGGAUCCCCGAGCAGGCACACAACGAUAGGAUGACGGGUCUCGGCGCCGGUUUCGCGGCCAUUGCGCUACGAGAUUUCAGCAAGGCAUCCAAGACGAACCCAUAUCCUCCCACCAACUACUGGAAGGCCAUGGCGCAGAUCGUCAACUCGCCCCCGCAGCUCGUGUCCAACACUCAAUACAUCGUGCUCAAGUCGAUGAUUGACGGCCACGAGCAGCGCUUUAUCAACUUUUACGGCAACGCAGCCAUCGCCGCCCUGCGCAUGGCUUUGGUCGAGUUUCCUAAAAGGGCCCCGCCCGGCGCUACCGCUGCUCAGGCGCUGCAGGUCCUGGCCGACGUCCUGAGACGAGACUCCGGACUAGAGGUGUCAUAG